UCUAUAUUUUAAUUAGCAUUUGGUGUUGUCAAAUAUUCGUUCUGUUACUACUAAAAAAACAAAUUUUCUUGAGUUUAUUGAGCACGUUUGCUAAACUUUCUUCAUUCCUCCGCGAUGAACCAAAAAGUGUCAACCGUGAACGAUCCGGAAUUGCAGGCCAAAGUGAAGAAAACGACUGAAAAAAUAUCGGAAAACAUGCACAUCAUCGCUAAUGAGCCUAGUUUAGCGUUCUACCGCAUCCAGGAGCACGUCCGGAAGGUAAUCCCGCUCAUAGUGGAGCGUCGCGCGGAGGUGGUUCAACUGCAGCAGGAUUUACAGGGCAAGUGCUACGAUAUGGAGUACGCCAUAGGUGCCGUGAAAGAUAUUGAGGCAGCCGAUACGUCGUUGAAGAAUGUCCAAGAAUUGCUAAAGAAUGCCAUCUUUCUCAAGCAACAGCUAAAGUACGUGGAAUCUAGACGACCGAAGAAAGACACCAACAGCUCCGUGUACAAACGGUUGUCGGCCCACAUCACACUGGACCUGCCCGACCUUACCGAUCUGUCCGGGGUGGUGCGGGAAACAACCAACCGGGUGGAGCACAUGAUGUCACAGGCGCGAAAUUCGAACAGUAACAUCAACAACAACCCUCCCGCGGGGACGGCCAACUCCACCGCAGGGCCAGCCGAGUUGCAACGGUCCUACACAACGCUGCACUGAAGCCAAACGCUUGUCGUGGUUGCUUCGAAAAGUUACGCAUCAGUUUCGUUCCUUUUCAUUUUCCCUAUCUGUGAUGUUACUUUUGUUCACGCCCUUGUUUUCUCGACAUUCCUCGAAGAGGAGAUGGAAAAUAAUGACAAAAUUUAGUAUUGUAGAGGACAUCGUUCCGGGAUAGUGCGGAACGGCUAAAUAAAAUGGGUUUAUUAUUUUAACGCUA